AUGUCCAAAAUUAGUGAUUUUAUUGAAAGUAUAAAAUUAACUGAUGAAAAAAUUAAAGAUAUUAAUCAUGUAUUAGUUAAAGCUUUUGUAGUAUCUGAAGAAAUAGAACAUAUAAUUGAUUAUUUUGAUUCAGAAAAAUUUAUAGCAAUUGUUAUUGAUGCAGGAGUAAAUAUUCAGACAGCUCGUCAAAUACUUAAAAAUAUUAUAAAUGAAAAAACAAUUAAAGGAGGUGGUUUAAAAUAUUGGAUUGAAACUCAUUGGCAUAUUAUGUAUGAUUGUGUUUUUUCAAUUUCAAGACAUAAAAUUCCUUUGGAAAUUAUGAAACAAGAUCAUAUGAAUUUGCUUUCAUUACCUGUACUUACUAUUUUAAGAAGUCAUGCAUUUUUUGAUGAUUUAUUUAAUAAUGAAAAUGAUAUUAAUGAAAAUAAUAAUUAUGAAAAUAUUAAUUUUGAAGAAGAAGAUAGACUUGAAAUUAAAGAUUUAAUUAAUUUAGAUAUAAAGAUAUUUGAAACAAAUAAUGUUUUUGUAUAUGUUAAUAAUAAUAAUUUUAUUGGAAUAAUUGAAAAUAAUGAAAAUAAUGAAAAUAAUAAUAAUAUCAAAUAUGAAAAUUAG